AAGGGUGCUGGCCAGUUAUAAUGAUUGGCCUAGAAUUGCCAUGUGGACCGUUACGUUCGUAAGUGCGACUUCUCUUCAGUUUUUUAUACAUGUAAUAGAGUUUGGAACUAGACCCGUUAACAGGGCCCGACAAAUAAUCCUCCGUCAUACCAUGGUCGUACAUCGGACUAAUGCGCAACCUGGGUAUUUUCACGUCAAACUGGAUAGAGUAUGGGAAUAUCAACACCAUUUUAGGAAUGAUCAUCUUUUAAGAGGUUUCUGUGUUGCUGUCAUUUUUCUGUCAUUAAGUAGUCACAUCAUGUAUGGCUACGGGUGCGGUGGAGCGGCAAGUCACAAACACGCCAUGCGUGAAGCGCGUGCAGAAAUGCGCGAAGCUCAUCUGCAAAAUAAGGCUGCCCAUGCGGCCAUGCACGGAAAUGUUGCAAGAGCUGCUCAUCUCCAGAUGAAAGCCAACAUGGCCCACCACACCGCGGUGCAGGAGCACGCAUUGGCCAGUGCCACCAGCCAUUACCACACCUGUCCCCCUCCUUGCAUCCCUUCCCCUUGCAUCCCUCCGCCUUGUUCGGCCGGCCUGCCUUCCACUGUGGUGGUGCACCAUGUUGCUCCAACACCACAGCUGGAUUAUCCGACUGGCACUAUUGCCCCACCACCGGCCCAGCCACCGCCAGCAUACCCUGCUGCUCCAAGCACAUACCCAGCUGCACCUACUGGCUACCCAGCGGCACCCACUGGCUACCCAGCGGCACCCACUGGCUACCCAGCAGCACCAACUGGCUACCCGGCAGCCACCACUGGCUACCCGUCUGCACCCACUGGCUACCCAGCAGCAACCACUGGCUACCCGGCUGCACCCACUGGCUACCCAGCAGCCACCACUGGCUACCCGGCUGCACCCACUGGCUACCCAGCUCCACCCAGUUACCCAGGCCAGCCAGCAUACCCAGCUGCAUCUGCCUCUCCUUACUCAGCACCCACGGCAUACCGUAAUCCCUACCAGUGAAGCGUGCAGCCAUGUGCAAGACACUGGCAACACCUAGCCACACUUUUAGCUAAACUUCGAGCUAGCGGGGUCAAUUCUUUAGCCUACCCAACAAGAGUCGGUACACCAGGUACCCCUUGUUUUGUAAAUUCCGUUAAAAAAACAGGUCAUCUACCCAGUUUAACUCACAGGUAUCUUUUCCUAGCUACUCACUUUUCUUGUAGCAUUAAUGUCUACAGUAAAAGUCAGUUUCCCAGGACGACUGCACUGUUCCUGCUAAGUAGAUCUAUUUCUUUUGUUACUUGUGUCACCAGCGUUUGUUGAUGGGAGAACUGUCCGAAUAUAAUUUUGAAAAAAGGCUGAAUAAUCAGGCCUAGUUUGCAAAUAAAACCCCAGUUCAUUUCAUCAACUGGAACCAAGACAUUCCUACAGUACAUUAGAAACACAUGUACACGUCGUGUUUUCCCUGAUCUGUCAAGCACUUUUGCUUUUCACCACACAUUUCAGUUAACAACUACCUUCUCUUUGGCAAUACUGAAAUACUUUUUUACUUUCAUUCCGUUUUUCAAGGUUUAAUUCAUUUUUUAUUUAUUCUGUUUUAAGUUCUGUUCAUUACACAGACAAAUGAAUUAUCAUUCAUUUCACAGUCAAGUGAAAAAGAGCCCAUAAUGGCAUUUAUUCCUCUCAUUAAAUACAUUUUACUUCUUAAAUACUUCACUCAUCAUUUUUAUGUACAUCUCUUAAGAAAUACUCUGACUUGAAUUUAGUUUGUUUUUUUAAAGAAACAAAUAGUUUAAACCAUAUCAAAGGAAUUCAAGCAGUUGGAUGCAGGCUGUGAUUUAUGUCAUACCCUAAACUUGUCAAAGUCUCAACAAAACACAGAUUCAUCACCACAGGAAAGACGUAUUGAUAUAUGUUUGCCUUGAUACGGUCUUGUCAGGCCCGAAGAACCAAUUUGUGAACUUCUGGAACGGGGAAGUAACGUCAACCAUCAGUUCGUCCUUAACCCUAACUGGAGAAUUGGAGAUUUUGGGGCUGUAAGAGCUACGGGAAAAAAAGUACACGUACACGUUCAUGGUAUUUGUGUGUCAGUGUGCAGUUAACAGUUACUGGCUUUUGUGACAUGGGAUAUGAUGUUUUAGCACUUAAGGGACAGUUCCCUCAGUGUGCGCCUAUGCACCCAUUGAGGGGCUUUGAUUAACCAAAGGAGGGUCCCAUCUUCUGAGUCGAGGUGGAGGAAAACUGGACCCUCUUUUGGUCACUCAUAGGUCCAAGGGGGACAUGGACGUGCACAAGUGACCGACUUAUACCAGCCCACAAGUGUUUUGUAUUAAAUACACCUCUGUGAAAAUAUAAAAUAAGAAAAGAAUCUGUCCAAGGUUUUAUAAUUGAAUGAUUUCAUGAAAAAAAUAACUCGUAAGCAAUUCAAAAAUAAGCAAUGGAGUUGUAUGAGGGCGCUGUAUCCAGUCAAAACAUUUUGAGUAUGGUGCACGAUCUUUCAGUCCGGAAAUUGCAGUGCCUAGAAGGGGAGCUGUUAUUACCUGUACUUGAUUGAUGGGUAUGGUAGUACAGUGUCGAAGUGUGGACACACAGUGGCUGCUUCGUGCCGAGUGCAUUGCUGGAUUGUUAUUUAAGCCUUUUGGUGUGCAGUUGGAUCUUUUGCAAUUCACGGCACAUGUGACUUGGACACAGAGAUACAUGUAAGCACAAUAUACUUUGACAAAAUGAUCAACUUAAACUUCAGUCACAGUUUUGAAGUCGGUUAUUAUAACUGCAUUUAACUGGAAGAAAUAUUUAUGCAUACAUCAUGCAGUGUGACCAGUACUGUACCUUUCUAGAAUGAAGUUGAUUGACAAAAUUAUUGAACAAAAUAUAAUUUUGGAAAUGUUUUUAAAGUAAGUUUAAGUCAUUUUUAUUUAAUACAGUGAAACUUGUAAAUUCAUAGAAUUAAAAGGAGAAAAGAAAGCAAGAUUUUUCUUUUUUUUCAAUGUUAUUUUGUCUGGACAUCUUUAUCCUGCCCAAUCAGCCAAUAGCAUCAGGCAAAUGUGGUUGGACACAUACAUGACCACAUGUUCGUUGCACUCACGUGUAGAAGCCAUGUUGUGUCCAGCUAGAGGGGUUUUGGUAACCCCAGGUCAGCCACUUGAUGAUGCUGCACUUAAUUUCUGUUUCUUUUAAUGUGUUUUUUUGGCUAAAAACACAUCAGGCACACUAAUGUGUACGCUGAUUAUAGUUCACAGAACCGAGCUACUCUUAUUUUCAUUGGUAACUUAGGAGGAGUUCAAAGCUUAUUGAUUUCUCCGUUUUAUGGAGAAUGUGUUUAUCUACGGUAUUGUACUAUAACUGUACUUCUGGUGUCUUUUUUUUAUGAGUCUUCUGACUCCUGUGUUUCAUGUAAAUAUCUUUGUAAAACGUGGACUCGUUUUUUUCUGUGCCCUGUGCAAGUUCAGUUCAACAUUUCCAUCAUUAGUUUGGCCCUCAACUUGUGACGUUUCCAACGCACCGUACCCUGCAGUGUAAUUUGUUUGAGUUAAAAAGGGCAGAGCUUGGUUUGAUAGCAAAAACUUCCCCUCCACCCAAAAAACAACACGAUACACAAGAAGUAAAUUAUUUAAUGGGUGUAAUUGACAAAGUGAGCCACAGUGCAGCACGCAUUACGGAAUUGGUUCCGUUUUCAUGGUAAUUAGAGAACAUCCUUGGCAUGUCUAAGAAAAUUGCUUUGCCUAGCCAUUUGGAAUACGUGCUUAUGGUACAAUUAUACACGUAAUACUUAGGUGCUUAUAUGUGCAGUCCAACACAGGUUAGGAGAACACUGAUAUUAAUACAAAAUUAUAGUUAUAACAAGGAAGAUCUUAGGUUGCAAGCCUUUGUUUUUCUGUUACUGCUAAUGACCCGUUUUAGCAAGGCAAUCUAUACAUAAAGUCCCAAGAACCUUGUUAUAACCAAAGAUCCUUCGCGGCGCUGUACGAUCUUUGGUUAUAACGCUGUUCCAUUGUACAUGUAUACGGUAUAUUGCAACAUAGUUGUUAAUAUAAAAUCAAGGCACUUUGUUUAUAUUGUACCUGUUUAAAAUGAAGAUUUAUUUUAAAUCAAAUUUCGAACACAGUAUACAUUAUACUUUGUAUGAAAAUAUUGGUUCCUGUUUUCUUUUCUACGAUUCAUUAUAUGUGAGAUAUUACCUAUAUUUUGCUAUAUUCAAACUUUGGAGAAUAAUUAUGUUUUAACGCAUAUUCCUUUUUAUUUUUAAACGAGAACUAAAUUGCAUGUCUUCAUAAUUGGAAUAAAUUCAUCGUAACAACCUCUUCUACGCAGAUGGAUUGUAAUGCUAUAUACAUUUAACCCUAACCCUCCUCAAUCCUCCAACAGGUGAAGGAUUCAGGAGGGUUAGGGUUAAGGCAGGUUGGAUAACUCGACCUGAAUCGCACUUCGUUGGGAUUCAAUUCCCAGUUCGUAACUGACUCAACUCAAGUCACUGCGAGGGGAUGUAUCCUACAAUUCCGAUCUCUUUUUUAGGAGCUUGUGUUGUUCUUCCUCGAAGUCCCCUCAGGACUGGCUUCACUUCAGUGGCUUCCGGAGCGUUCUUCACUUUGGAGGAGGAAUUCUUAGAGUGGCAUUAAUAUCGCGCAAGUCCAGAUCUUGUUGCCGAGCGCCUUCCUCCAUGCCCAGCGUAAGCAUGUUUAGUGCGCAUGACACUGCCCUAAAUUCAAGACUGCUGUUCAUUCACAUGAUAGGCGAACUAGCUUUAUGUGUGGUCAAAGCUUGCAGGUGGUUCACCCAUGACUGGCUGCAGAUAUUUCCUCAAACUUCACAUUUUCCCCAUUACAUUUACACAAAGGUAAAAUUUGUGAUUUUGAGGUUUCUGAAAUAGGUCUCUACUCUUCUUUUAAGUUAUACUACAUGUACAUGUAACUAGUGUCCAUAGUUCGCUAA